GGCUUCUGGCGUGUUUGUGAGUGUCGGAGGAAAGAAGGCGAUAAAGAGAGAGAGAGAGAGAGAGAAAAGGCAAGGAGAAGCAACUCGCACUUCUUCCCCCCCUCCCCAUCUCCCUGGUCCUUGUCACUCCAUCCUUCCUUCCCUUCUCCUGGACCACCCCCGCCAGCCCCCACUCAGAGCCCGGAAACCGAGCCCGGGACCCGGCUAUGACUCUCCCGACUUCAGUCCCACCGACUACCAUCUUAUAGAAGACUGCAGCAUGGCCUGGCAAAGAACUCUAAAAUCUGAUGAAGCGAUCUAUUUGUAAGUGAGAGACCGUCGCUGUUGCUUCAUAUCCGCCUCACUCUGCUGUCCUUUAUGACCUGGGAAAACAUCACCCGCAGCAAAUCUGGUGCCUGGCUGGCAGGAGUACCAUCCUAUUCCUUCUUCCUUUGAGGAUUCCAGCAGCAUCAUUCGGUCAUACCUCCUCCUGGCAUGGAGUGUACCAAAGCCCAGUCGGAGGGUGGCCUCAAUGUCACCCUUACCAUCCGUCUCCUUAUGCAUGGAAAAGAAGUGGGGAGUAUAAUUGGAAAGAAAGGGGAGACGGUGAAAAAGAUGCGAGAAGAGAGUGGAGCACGAAUCAAUAUCUCAGAGGGCAACUGCCCAGAGAGGAUUGUCACCAUCACUGGACCAACAGACACUAUCUUCAAGGCUUUUGCUAUGAUUGCCUACAAAUUUGAGGAGGACAUCAUCAGUUCCAUGAGCAACAGCCCAGCAACCAGCAAGCCCCCUGUUACCUUAAGGCUUGUAGUGCCGGCCAGCCAAUGUGGCUCCCUCAUAGGAAAAGGAGGUUCCAAAAUAAAAGAAAUGAGAGAGUCCACAGGGGCACAAGUUCAAGUAGCAGGGGAUAUGCUCCCCAACUCAACAGAGCGUGCGGUGACAAUCUCCGGGACUCCAGAAGCCAUCAUCCAGUGUGUCAAACAGAUCUGUGUCACCAUGCUGGAGUCUCCGCCCAAAGGUGCCACAAUCCCGUAUCGCCCAAAGCCUGCUUCCACACCUGUGAUUUUUUCUGGUGGUCAGGCCUACACAAUUCAGGGACAAUAUGCCAUUCCACACCCAGAUCAGUUGACCAAGCUCCACCAGCUGGCUAUGCAGCAAACCCCCUUUACCCCUCUUGGACAGACCACCCCCGCUUUCCCUGGUUUGGAUGCCAGCCCCCCAGCCAGCACUCAUGAGCUCACCAUUCCAAAUGAUCUAAUAGGCUGCAUCAUUGGACGGCAAGGAACCAAGAUCAACGAGAUCCGACAGAUGUCCGGUGCGCAGAUCAAAAUUGCAAACGCCAUGGAAGGCUCGUCGGAGCGUCAGAUCACCAUCACGGGGUCGCCUGCUAACAUCAGCUUGGCCCAAUAUCUCAUCAACGCCAGGUUCAGGGACGUGGCUGUCAUGUGGAACGAUCCUUCAACAAUGACAACGUCCUGAAGUCGCCGACAAAACUGGCUCUGUUUUUAGACAUCAGCAAGCAUCGGUGUAUCGUGACUUGACUUACUUUUUGCAUUUGAAGGGUUGUAAUAAAAGUCUGCAGGGUUUGGACAUUUUGAGAACGUAUGUAAUCUUAUUUGAUGUUAUUUGUUUGACGGUAUCAAAGACUGGUGACACGUGGAGGGAGAUCCCAAAUCAAAUCAUCGGAGGUUCAUCUUACUACAUUGUGUAAAAUAGGGCUAUUCAACAAAAUGACACCAGACCAAGUUCAGUUCCAAACCUGGGAAACAAACAUUUUUGAACUUGGACCACUGUAAAUACAUUUCUUGACAUUUUAAACAUACAACACUGCCCAGCAGGCACAGGACAUUGAUUAUACACGUAUGUUUUUUAGACUUCUAAACAACGUUGCAAAAUAGUUGUAUUUGUAAAUUAAGACAACAUUGAUGUCGUUGUUUGGGAAAUGACCAAAAUUCAAUGGUCAAAUCACAACCUGACAUUGAAUAAACGUCAAAAAGCACGUUGUUUCAACGUUGUAUUCCUGUUGAAGACUAUUGGUUGGGAAAUUACCAAAGUUCAAUGGUCAAAUCAACGUCAGAACACACCAUUGUUUAAACGUUGUCAAAAAACAUGUUUCAGCGUUAUGUUUGAGUUGGGAAAUUACCAAAUUUCAAUGGUCAAAUCAACAUCAGAACCCAACAUUGAUUAAACGUUGUCAAAAAGCAUGUUUCAACGUUAUGUUUGAGUUGGGAAAUUACCAGAUUUCAAUGGUCAAAUCCCAACCGGACAUUGAAUAAACGUCAAAAAGCAUGUGGUUUCAACGUUGUAUUUGUUUUGGAGACUAUUGGUUGGGAAAUGACCAAAGUUCAAUGGUCAAAUCAACGUCAGAACCCAACAUUGAUUAAACGUUGUCAAAAAGCAUGUUGUUUCAACGUUAUGUUUGAGUUGGGAAAUGACCAAAUUUCAAUGGUCAAAUCACAACCUGACAUUGAAUCAACGUUGUCAAAAAGCAUGUUGUUUCAACGUUGUACUUGUUUUGGAGAAUAUUGGUUGGGAAAUGACCAAAUUUCAAUGGUCAAAUCAACGUCAGAACCCAACAUUGAUUAAACAUCGUAAAAAGCAUGUUGUUUCAACGUUAGGUUUGAGUUGCUCAACGUCAGGACCUAAUUCAACAAGUUCUCAACGUUGUUUUACUGUCUUGUGCCUGCUGGGUGAGGUCCAAAUGUGUUAUUUACAUACCUGAGGCGUUCCUCAAGGCAGCCCUUUAAGUCCUCUCCUUGUUGGUAGUUACACAUUUUUUUUCUGUAAUGUGAUUUAUGGGACUCAGCUACUUGCUGUAGCUUGUUGACUUCAGAUCCAGUUUGUAGUCAUGUGGUCUUCUUUAGUUCUUCUUUAUUUAUACUGGUGGUGUUCCUCAAGGUUCCAUUUUAGGUCCUCUCUUUUUUAUUGUUUAUUCAACUGUUGGCCUGCAGAUUCAGUUAGAGAAACUCACAUUUUUGCAGAAGAUAUUUAAAAACACUACAGCGCUCAUAGAGAUGAUCUUUAAACCAGCUUUGUUUGCAGAAGGUCUUAGAAAACUGCAGAGCACUCCUCUUACUCAAAAUAAAUAGACCAAAAUCCAAUGUCUACUGUAGAGGACGCUGGUUCUACGGGAUAUACAUAAUAGGACUUAUAGUGAAGGGAGAAGUCCUGUCACCCGGUUCUUAGCUUUCUGGAAAUGUGGCUCCCAAAACAACUUAGUUGAAUAAGCCUGGUGUAAAAUACCGGCCUUGUUCAUAUGAAGGAAUGUCUGUCUUAAAGAUUUUCAUAUAUCUUCAACUCAUGUAGGAAUUUACUCGAAAGUCAUGUAUAUCAUUUAAAAAGUUGUUUAAGUUUAAAGGUUUUUUUUUUUUGUUUGGUUGUUUUUUAAACAAAAGUAAACCAAAUCAGCUAUAAAGAGCUGGGUGUUACAACAACUCUGGGUAUCUAUCCAACUCUAAGUAGAUACACAAUCUGUAUCGCUGAUAUCAAUCAUUUUGCCUUUUGUGAAUUUUGCCUUUACUUCGUUGAUCAUGUUUAUAAUCCGAAAAAAACCCAGGUCAAAGAUUUUAGGCAAAUAACAAAAAGAACAUGUGUUACAUGUUAGUUUUUUAGCAAAAUAGUACAAAAAAAAAAUAAAAAUACAAAGACUACUAUUGCGUCUUGAAGUUUGUGUAUUACAAUAUAACAAUGUAUACUUGCGGUCAAGUUCCAGUCCAACAAUUGUGAUGUAAGUUGAGUUUUAGUGUAAGUUUGAAUUUAGAGCUAAAGUACCACCUACAGUAAGUCACUCACACAGUACACAGGACAAAUAAAUGACAUAAAGUAUUCAAUAAUAAGAUUAAGAAAUAAAACAGGCUUAUUGGCACGGUGUAGUCGCGAUAAUGAGACCACGACACUGCUAAGUUAUUACAGUCGAUUUCAUAGAAGAACCUUUGACAAGAUCAAAGGUUCUAUCGUAAUGAUGUUUGAGCAGCUUGGACCCAGGAUGCAAACGAUGUUGAUUUCACUUCUACUUCGACAUCUUGUCUCGCAAAUGUCACUUUACUUUUCACUUUUCUAUUCUUUCAUGUCUUUUGUGGACACAUGAGGACCGGUGAACACAUUGACCUUGUCUGCCCUUUUCCUAUAAAGAGGGUAAAACAUUCUUCAUUGAUGGUCAUUCUUACAGAGGCUCAUUCGUGCUGACCAAUAGAGGCUUUUGCAAGAGUGAGACCAAUGCUGUGACAUUUACCUGUGACCGGUUUUAUAUAAAUCUUCCAGUCGACCUGAUCCUUGACUGUUGAAAAUAAGAAUAUAUAGCGUGACAAUAAAGUUGGGAACACAGUCGUCAAGCAAAGCCUUAGUAACACUCUUUGCUGGUGUAUGAGAUCCUGCAGUGCACAUGUACAGGUCAUAUAUGAGCUUUACCAACAUGAUCGAGUCAGACUAAAACAUAAGUGAGCUAUAGGCAUCAACUUGACUCUGAAUACAACCUAAGAACACCACCCCUACCGUCAAACAUGGAGGCGGAAGCCCUCUGCCUGGGGCUUUGCUCAGCUUACGAGAUCAUGGACUGUAGAAUCCCCUGACCUACAACACUGAAAAUAGGAUCAUGAAUGGGGUUUCCAGCAUUAUGAAAACAUUGAUCCAAAGCAACAAAAAGGAGCUCUUGAAUAUCCUGUAGUCAAGAAACAUCUGACUUCUUGCUCACCAACCAGGCUUUUGCCACCAAAUCACAUCAUUCUUGAGGAUCUAAUACUUAUUUCACUCAAAGAAAUACAAAUGACUUAAUAAGAUUAUUGAAUUCCAGCACUAAAAGCAGCGACUACAGCAUGACUUUCUUGUCCAGUGCUGGAGUUAUUUUUUACAGUUGUGUUGUUUAUCUCUUCCUGCCCUCCCCAAUCUCCUUGUACUGUUCUAGGCUUACAUCCGAAGUCACUGGAAUGGCCACAGUCUAAUUUCUAUCCGUCCUCCCUCUGUGUAUCACAUGACCCAAAUGUUUUUGCACUCUUAUUUGUUUCUUACUCUGUAUCAGACUCUUCAUAUUAAAGUGAUGUCAACUGUU